AUGAGGACCUCGUUUGCCGCCCUCGCCUCGCUCGUGGCCCUCGCCACGUCGCUGGCCGCCGCCAAUCCGGUGCUCGUGCCCCGCCAGGACGCCAAAGAGGUUCCCCCCAAGUUCAUCCCUUCGCCCGUCGAGCACACCGCCGACGUCGACAGCUGCCCCGGCUAUGCCGCCUCGGACGUCAAGACCACGGCCCACGGCCUCACCGCCACCCUCCGCCUCGCCGGAGACCCCUGCAGCGCCUAUGGCCCAGACUACCCCGUCCUCAAGCUCGCAGUCAACUACGACAGCCAGGACCGCCUGCGCGUGCGCAUCACCGACGCCGAGAACAAGGCCCACGUCGUGCCCCAGGACAUUGGCCGCUACCCCGAGUUCGGGUCCACGGGCGUCUCCAAGGACAAGUCCAAGCUCAAGUUUGAGCACGUCGACUCGCCCUUUUCCUUCAAGGUCAGCCGCGGCGACGAGGUCCUCUUUGACACGGCCGGCUCGCCCCUCAUCUUCGAGGAGCAGUACGUCCGCCUGCGCACCUCGCUCCCCGAAAACGCCUCCAUCUACGGCGUCGGCGACCACAACGACAACUUGCGCCUGCCCAUCACUCAGGCCAACUACAGCCGCACCCUGUGGGCCCGCGAUGCCUACGGCGUCCCCUCGCGCACCAAUCUGUACGGCUCGCACCCCAUCUACUUCGAUCACCGCCUCACCGAUUCGGGCCCCUCGACCCACGGCGUCUUCCUGCUGACCAGCAACGGCCUCGACGUCAAGUUCCCCGACGGCGGAAGGGCGCUCGAGUACAACACCCUCGGCGGCAUCAUCGACCUCUUUUUCAUGCAGGGACCCGACCCGACCUCGGUGGCCAAGCAGUACACCGACGUGAUCGGCCGCCCCGUCGGCUCCCCCUACUGGGGUCUCGGCCUGCACCAGUGCCGCUACGGCUACCGCGACGUCUACGAGGUCGCCGAGGUCGUCGCCAACUACUCGGCCGCGGGCAUCCCGCUCGAGACGAUGUGGACCGACAUCGACUACAUGGACAAGCGCGCCAUCUUCACCACCAACCCGGACAACUACCCGCUCGACAAGGUCCGCUCGCUCGUCGACACGCUCCACGACAACGACCAGCACUAUGUGCUCAUGAUCGACCCCGCCAUGGCCGUGCGCGACAACUACCCCUCGCUCGAGCGCGCAAAGGAGCAGGACGUGCUCCUCAAGAACGAGGACGGUUCCCUCUACGACAGCGGCGUCGUCUGGCCCGGACGCGUCGUCUUCCCGGAUUGGUUCGCCGCCAACACGAGCAAGUGGUGGACCAGCGAGGUUGAGCGCUUCUUUAGCCCCAAGACCGGCGUCGACGUCGACGCCAUCUGGAUCGACAUGAACGAGCCCGCCUCGUUCCUGCCCUACCUCGAAGCCAACCCGGACCGUGUGUCGGAGGAAAAGAACCUGCCUCCCGUCGCCCCGCCGGUGCGCAACCCUCCGCCUCGCGUGCCCGGCUUUUUCCAGAAGCGUCAGUCGGACGAGGCGUCGGCUCAGCUCGACAACAAGUGGCUCUACCCGCCCUACCGCAUCAACGACGUCCGCGCCGCUCCCUCGGGCGCUGACGGUGUGGUCGAUGCGGGCGUCUCGAAGAACAUCUCGGACUUUACGGCGUCCACGGCGCUCGUCCACGCCAACGGCGAGCGCGAGUACGACGUCCACAACAUCUACGGCCACAUGAUGGGCGCCGAGACGCGCAAGGCGCUGCUGAACCGUCGUCCGGGCGAGCGGCCGCUGAUCAUCACGCGGUCGACCUUCGCCGGUUCGGGCAACUCGACGGGCAAGUGGCUGGGCGACAACCUGAGCGAGUGGGCGGGCUACACGAGCACGAUCCGGCAGAUGCUGGCGUUUGCGUCCAUCUACCAGAUCCCCGUCGUGGGCGCCGACACGUGCGGCUUUGGCAACAACGCCACCGAGACGCUGUGCGCGCGCUGGGCCUUCCUGGGCGCGUUUAGCCCCUUUUUCCGCAACCACAACGGCGAGCCGCCCAACAUUGGCCAGGAGUUCUACCGCUGGCCGCUGGUGACCGAGGCGGCCAAGAAGGCGCUCGACAUCCGCUACCGCCUGCUCGACUACCUGUACACGGCGCUGCACGAGGCCGAGCAGACGGGCAAGCCGGUCCUCUCUCCGCUCUUCUACAAGCAUCCCGCCGACGCGCAGACGUUUGGCAUCGAGACGCAGUUCUACUACGGCGACCACCUGCUCGUCUCGCCCGCCAUGGCCGAGAACAGCACCACGGCCGAGUUCUACGUGCCCGACGACCUCUUUUACGACUUUUUCACGCUCCAGCCCGUGCGCGGCGAGGGCAAGAACGUGACGCAAAAGGCAGAGUACACCGACAUCCCGCUCCACAUCCGCGGCGGCGCCGUGGUGCCGAUGCGCUCCGAGGGCGCCAUGACGACGACCGAGCUGCGCACGCGCGACUUUACGCUCGUCGUCGCGCCCGACGCCGAGGGCAGGGCGUCGGGCUACCUCCGCCUCGACGACGGCGUCUCGAUCCACAGCAAGACGGCCUCGGACAUCCGCUUCGCCUUUGCCGACGACAAGCUCACCGUCGACGGCUCGUUUGGCUACAGGACCAAGGUGCACUUUGACAAGGUCGUCUUUGCCAACGUCGACCGCGCGCGCUCGGCCGUGCUCGGCGGCAAAAAGGUCGACGCCAAGUCGGUCGUCUACAGCGCCGAGAACAGGACCCUCACCCUGUCCGGCCUCAAAUUCAAGAUCCAGCGCGGAUUCACCAUCCGUCUCGAGUAG